AUAAUAAUACAAACUGUAGUUAAAGUUGUUUGUAUGAGGAUAAUAUUUAAAUAUGGGUGAUUGUUGUUCGAAAGAAGUAGAUUCUGAUUCCUUUCUGGAUCCUAUGCGGCCAACUAACCAGAAAACUAAAACAUUUUCUGAUAUUCGAGUGGAUUCAAAGACUCGAUACGACGAACUAGCAGUGGAGCUGUUAAAGAGAGAUCUCAGAGAUUUUCCUGAUAUUUUUAUGUUGAAUAAUAUGUUAAUGACAAUCAUGUUUUUUGAAAAUUAUCGAAAGGAUAUACAAAAACUUUCGUUAUCUAGUAAUAAUAAAAUAGAAAAAGAUAUUAACAAAACAUUGGUUAAGAACGAGAACAUGGAAUGUAUUUGCCCCGAUACGGUAUUUGAAACUGUGAACUCCAAUUUAAAGUACAUGCCCAUGCACGGAAAUAAUAAAUACCAUUCGCAACCUUUAUUACCACGCAGGCUCUAUGUUGUUACUGAUUGCUUAGAUGUUAUAAGUAGUAUGGAUGUUCCACAAUACACUUCCAUCGACAAACCUGUUUAUCAAGUUAGAAUAGAGGAAUCUACCAGAAAAGGUUUCGUAAGGCUCAAGCAAUUAGAUCACAGUAAGGUACCAAAAAUAUAUUCAUCGCCUUCGGAAGAACCAGGGACAAGUAGUUCCAAUGUUAAUGAGCCUUUCUAUGAAUACGCCACAAUACAGGAUCUGAAAACACCAAAGCGACUAGAUAUUGUGAAAAACUCUGAUCAAAGAGAUAGUUUACCAGCCACGUGUUUUACCACACGAAAAAUUAGGAAGCCAAACCAUGAGCUACUAGAUCUUCAAGAAGAACUUGAACAAAAUUCGGAGCUCACAGAGGAAGAUUUUUUCGAUAAAGUAAUUUAUGUGGACGCUAAAGGAUUUAUGAAUUAUUUCAAAAAUGUUCUUUUUCCAAAUUCAUUAGGAAGGUCCUUGGGAUUCCAUCAGCAUGAAAUAGAAUUCGCGAAAUCUAUCCCGGGAACAAUAUUUUGUAAUUUAUCCGAUAAAGAAGAUAAUCCCAUACCUUGUGAGGUUAUUCCUUCAGUAGCGAUAGAGUGGCCAACAGAACAAACAUUCGAAUUUCUAAUGCGAGAAGAUAGACCGACAAUUACCGAUACAAAUACGGGAGUACGUUAUAAAUGGCCUACAGAUGAAAUGAUCAAAGAUAUAAGAACACUGAAUUGUGUUCUUGUACCUAAAGGUUAUUGGAAGAAAAAAGGAGAAUACUUAGAUGCUACUUUAGAAUGGGAAAUUGCAUUUCCUAAAGCUGAAAGAUACCUUGAAGCUCGAAUGUCUCAUGCCCAAAUGAGGUGUUUUUUGUUCCUAAUACUUAUCCACAAACAUUAUAUAGAGCCUUUCACUCAACAACAGGGUCUUUUAGUGGAGCACCUUAGAUGUCACAUGUACUGGGAAUGUGAAUCCAAUUACAAAGACUGGCCAGAAUAUCGACUGGGCUCUAAGUUAUUGAAAGUUAUUGAAAACUUGAUUAAACGACUCGCCAAAAGUGAAUUACCCGAUUUUUUUAUUAAACAAAAGAAUCAUUUUAGAAAUAUCCAAAAGAAGUAUUUGCUGUUCGCACAAAAAGUAUUGCAUGAAUUGAUUCAGUCUCCUACAGUUUAUUUGAUUAAAGCUUUGAGGUGUAUACAAUAUUCCAAACGAAAAUUUUAUCGACCAUACGAUUACAAGGAUCUCUAUACUAAAAUAACACAAUUACAAGGUUAUAAAUUGGUUAAUCCCAACUUAGAUCGGACAGUCAAUUUCAGGAGAAUAGUUUAUCAAGAUCCCGAGACCCAAUGGAGACAUUUACAAGAAUUGACGAGAAGGAAGCAGUAUUUGGAAACAACCAAAUCAGAGACUGAAGAAUUGGAUACUGCUUCCGUUGAUUCUAUAGAUUUAGAUGUAACUUGGACGAAACAGUUGGAGAUAUUCAAAUCAAAAGCCAUCUUUACUGAAUUCAUAACGGCUUUUAUCAAUAUAGCAAGAGACGGUUUAAGAAUUAGUGGAAACGGACAACAAUCGUUAUUUUAUUUAAAACAAGCCACAUAUUUAACAAACAUCCUUGAAACAAUAGCAGCAGCUUUCAAGCCGGAAGCUCUGGAAUUUAGAGCUCAGAUUACAAUAGAAGAAGAACGAUGCAAGAGAUCAAUGGCUAUGAGGAUAUCGGAUGUGCCUCCAGAAACACCAGUCAGAAACUCGAUUCAGUUUGACGUCCAGACAUCUCAACAACUUAAAAAUAAUGUACUCAAUUUGACUAACUUACAUAAAGCAUAUAAUGAGACUGAAGUGAAAAUUUCGACUUCUUUUAAAACCGUGUCACCAGUAGCAAGAGUAAAAUCUGAUGUGCAGCGACAAAGUAUAGGAACCAAAAAAGCUGUUGCUUUUCAAAGUCCUUGAAAGACAUCAUUUUUCAUGACAGCCAAACAAGCAUUGUGUGAUAAAAUGAAAGAUCACUGCCACCUCAAUUCUUAGAACUACCUUAGUGACAAGUGACAUACUUAUCCUUAAGUUAUAAGAUAGAUGUGUUAAUUAAUUGUUAUGUUUAGUACUGCAACAUAAAAAUUUGUCAAUAACAUUUUGCAUAUUGAAAUAAAAGGUUAGGUACUAAUAUGUGAAAAAAUAAAAUGUGAAUUAUUUUUAUAAACUAGAAA